AUGGCUGGUUUGCAGCAUUUGCAGGCGAUCUCGCCUAUUAUUCAAACAUUAAUAUACAUCAAGCAUCGAAUAAACAUCCAUCUCAAUCAAUCCCAUCCAUCGCGCGGCCACUACAAAGAAGAGCCUUUCCUGAGCAUUCUCAAUCGAAACAAAACCAAUAUACAAAACACCGAGUCCUCCAAAGAACAUCAACACGUCAACAUGUCGCCCAAGUCCUUCAAGUCCACCACCACUUUCGAUAACGCCUCAACCCACACAACAUCCUCAACAGCCUCGACUCUUAAGGGCAUGUUCACAAAAUCAUUGAAGCUUAAGGCGGCCGAGAAGGCGCCUUCAGAUCCUAAGCCUCCAAGCAAAAAGUCCCCAGCUAAGGACUACACCGCUGCAGCUGUUCACCACGAGGCUGUUGCUCAGUACCUGGCCCUUCGGUGA